GCGCUGUGAGGGCGGAGCAUGAGCUGCAUGAAGCGCUUCUGUCAUGCGACUGAGUCACAUGACUGGCUUCAUCACACACUCGUUCUCUGACUGAGACUUUAUUCGGCUGUUAUUGUUGAAGAUGGCGGAGGACAGGGAGCCUCCACCGCUGCCCGGUGUCCCGGAGCCGCAGGACGCGGAGGAUCUGUUCGUCAGCGCGAUGGAGGAUGCUGAACGGAGUUUGUCUCCAGAAGACAUCAGCAGCAGCUCUAACGGACCCAAAGCCGAGCCCAUGCUGCUGGACCACGACCCCGACGACCUCUUCGCUGAAGCGACGGAGGAAGUGUCUCUGGACAGUCCAGAGCGGCAGAUGAUCCUGUCAGACGGCCCGUCUCCCGCCAUCACACCCGUCACGAUUAACCCCAGAGCAGACGUGUUCGACCGCUCGCCGGACCAGGAUGAAGAUGACGAGGAAAACAGGGACACGUUUGACAUCCAGAUCUCCGUUUCUGACCCUGAGAAAGUUGGUGACGGCAUGAAUGCGUACAUGGUCUAUAAAGUGACGACCAAAACCAGUCUGUCCAUAUUCAUCAGAGACGAGGUCUGCGUCAAGAGGCGCUUCAGCGAUUUUCUGGGUUUGCACAGUAAAUUAGCCUCCAAGUACAUCCACAUGGGCUACAUCGUUCCUCCUGCUCCUGAGAAGAGCAUUGUGGGCAUGACGAAGGUCAAAGUGGGGAAAGAGGAUCUGUCAUCGGUUGAGUUUGUAGAGAAGAGAAGAUCUGCUUUGGAAAGGUAUCUGCUGAGGACCGUCAAACAACCAGCGCUGCUCAAAGACCCCGAUGUCCUGCAGUUUCUGGAGAGUUCAGAGGUACCGUCGCAUGUUUCAUAUGGGGAUGUCAUAUUAUCAAACACUUACUGCUUUAUUUUGAAGCAUGCACGCUGUUAUUAUCAUCAUUUGGACGAAGUGUUUGUGUGUUCCUGUAUAAAGUGGUUUGAGGAGAAACAGCAGCAGUUUGAGAACCUGGACGUUCAGCUCAGAAAACUUCACGCUAGUGUGGAAUCACUGGUGUUUCACAGGAAGGAGUUGUCUGUGAACACGGCGUCGUUCGCUAAAAGCGCAGCUAUGCUGGGAAACUCGGAGGAUCACACGGCGCUGUCGCGAGCUCUGUCCCAGCUGGCCGAGGUGGAGGAGAAGAUCGACCAGCUGCAUCAGGAUCAGGCCUGCGCUGAUUUCUACCUGAUCUCAGAGCUGCUGGGAGACUAUGUGCGGCUCAUCACCGCCGUUAAAGGCGUGUUUGACCAGCGGAUGAAAACAUGGGCCAAAUGCCAGGAUGCUCAGGUGAUGCUGCAGCGCAAGAGAGAAGCCGAAGCCAAACUACAGCACGCCAACAAACCCGACAAACUGCAGCAGGCCAAAGACGAGAUCAGAGAGUGGGAAGGUAAAGUGCAGCAGGGUGAAAGAGAUUUUGAGCAGAUAUCAAAAAACAUCCGUCGAGAAGUUGGACGAUUCGAGAAAGACCGAGUGAAGGAUUUCAGAGUCGUCAUCAUUAAAUAUCUGGAGUCACUAGUUCACACACAGCAGCAGCUGAUAAAAUACUGGGAGGCGUUCUUACCUGAAGCCAAAGCGAUCGCGUAAUUCAUCAAACCACCGUCUCUCUCUAUUCCGCAGUAUGAUCAUGCAAGAAAAAGCUGCACAGACUUAAUGAUAGCACUACAUUAAUAAACCCAGAAUCUGAAUCUCUUCAUAUUUGUACCUUCGAUCGUCUCUUCACGAUUCACAGCUCGUUCGUCUCAGAUUGAAUGUCGCAUUAGGCAAUGAUCCGGCAGGGGAAGGCCUUCUGAAGCAUUUUCUGUUCUCCUUUCUCUCGUAUGUACAGAAUGAAGCAUUAUUCUCUCAUAAUCAGUAUUUAAGAGCAUCAAUAAUCGACGAGGCUUCUGGGAGCUCGUGCAUGACGGACGGAUAUACAUAUGUAUAUUUUUUUAUUUUGCUUUGUAGCCUGAAAUUUUGGGACGUUUCAGUUGAUUCAUUGUUCUAACAGAUUUUUUUCAUCGCAAGUAUUUUUUACUCUACA